CUGCCGUGCCGGUAAGGAAGGCGGACCAAUACAACAGGGACCCCCGAGGAGCGGUAUGUGGGGGCUGUGGGUGAUGUGGACAGCUCCACAUGUCCCCAGCAUGAUAAUGCAUGCCACCUGCCGUGCCGGUAAGGAAGGCGGACCAAUACAACAGGGACCCCCGAGGAGCGGUAUGUGGGGGCUAUGGGUGAUGUGGACAGCUCAAUAUGUCGCGCAGCUGAGACGCUGUGACAUUGUCGGCCAUCCCAGUGCCACAUGUCGGCUCUGCCUUAUGAUGUAUGGACGGCCACAUUACCGCGUACAGCACGUCCACACCGCGGCCGAUCACCGGACAGAUUGCCGGUAUCCAGGAAGUGACGUCACCCGCGUCCCUGGAGCAACAAGAUGGCGUCCAAAGGGAGAAGACGUGGAGUCCUUUCUUCCACCCCUCUAGAAGUUCUCUUGUUCCUCAAUGGCUGGUACUGUGCCUCUUACUUCCUCAUUGAAGCUCUCAUAUUUAUAUAUAAAGGUUUGAUUUUACCCUACCCAACGUCCAACCUGGUACUGGAGGUGGUGAUGCUUUUCCUAUAUCUUGGCAUUGAAGUCACCCGCCUGUAUCUUGGAUGUCAGGGUAACCAGUGUGAGCGAAAGCUGCCCCUAGUGGUCAGUGUUGGUCUCACCAUUCCAACUGGGUUGCUUGCAUUAUACUUCCUAUUCCUUCAGACUUAUGCGUUGAGGCUGGAGACCGUACUGAGCUGUAUCUUACUGUUCUUCUAUGGUUUAGAGGCCAUUCUGAGUUGUGCUGCUCUCAUCACAUUCUGCAGAGAACCAAGUUACUGAGGGUCCUAUCCCCAUUCCAGGAUGACUCUUCUGGAUUCCUGAAUGUCCCAUCUGUUUGCUGUGCAAAUCGCAGGAGCUGUGAGCUUCUAUCCAGGCUCCUAUUCAGUGCAGUAAAGUGACUCCUGACUGCUGGAAAAGACUUGGUAGCAUCACUGAAUAGCAGCCUUGGUUCAUGUGUAUUAGGGGGAUGGGGUUGUUGUGUGUGGGUGUGUGUUAGUGUUUUAUUCAAUUUUGUGACUCCACAAAAUAAAAUAAAAAGUAGU